AUGGCCCUCACCAUGCUGACGCUGCCUACUGAGGUUCGAUCGAUGAUAUUCCAGCUCGUCAUAAUUCGACACAUUGAUUACUAUUUCCCAAGGUACUAUCGAAUGGACAACCCUAACGUGGAGCUUUUGGUUAUCUGCCGGCAACUUUACCAAGAGAAUCUCCCGCUGUUGCCGACUAAGCUAGACUUGUAUUUAUGGGGCACGCAUCUCAACACGCUCAGUCAUUUCGUUUCCCAGGUGAGCCGUAUCAACAGCUGGACUUCGGACAAUCUGCUUGACCGUGUCGGCUCAAUUGAGGUGCGGGUGCCGCGGCUGUCUUUCAAUAGUAUCACAGGCGGAAUCUACCUCAAGGACCCUCUGGGACAGGCGCCUGCUCGAGAUCUUGCACAGCAACUCAGACGUUGGGGAUCGGAUCCAUCGCUUGUACGUUACAUGAUGUUUCAUGGCAUCUACGAACCUUCUAUGCCUCUACUCCCUGUUGGCGACAUGAAAACCAUUAUGUUGGAGAUACCAAGAGAUGGAGAAGGAGGUGGUACCAGAUAG